AGGGAGGAUGAGGAGAAAAAGUAUGAGGUCGCGAAGGUUGAAGAGGAGGAGCAGGACAAGGACGAAUCCACAAUGGAGUAUCUCAAGGAAAGGAUGGACAUCGAGCAACAAUUUCUCGCCUAUGACCGGACAUACUGGGAAGACGUGUGGGGCAGCAGGAUCGGACGUUGCGGUAGAUUUAUGGAUACAACCAUAUUGAGCCCUAUGCAAUUUACACACUACACACCUGGUGGCAUCCAUUCCCCUGCUGCUGUCGCCGGUACUACUCUGCAGAUCUAUUCAGUCAAGAUAAAGGAUUUAAGAGGCUUGAACUGGCCACUCAGAGUGUACGGUGUGAUUGCUGCUCGAGACACCGUGGAUCACAACCGCAACAUUUUAUUCUCUCGGUCAGAGUUUAACUACCAAGAACUCAAUGAACAAGAUCCUUACUUAUGCUUGACUGGUCCGUCUCGUGCCAUUGUUGUUUCGGGACAUAUUGACUUUGAAGUUGAACUUCAAGUAACCGAUGGAGCGCAGUCCCAAACAUUGAUCAGCUGUAGAGAGCGUUACGGCAGUACAGAUGCUUUUUUCUCUUCCUUGGCCAGCGUCACUGAUGGUGGUGAUGGACGGACCUUUUUGCUCUCCAACCAGAGCUGUACAACUGAGGUAACCCUUGACCAGCUUGAUAGAUCACUCCAAGCUACCAUCAUGGGUGUACGUGUUAACGAAGGGCCUUGGCCUUUUAAGUAUGGAUGCCGAGUUGUUUGCUCGUGGUCUUCUGCUGCUCCGAUAUGUUCCAAUGACACCACUUGUAGGCAAGUUGUGCUGUUUGAUCACCGUGGUAAAGGAAUGCGUAGAGGAUCAGAUGGGUACCUUCAUUUGUCAAGGAAAGUGAUUUCCAUAGAAUCAUAUGGGACACUGAGAGUGAGCAUUGAAUCUUAUGGCAAGUCUGGCCGCCAUAUUGCUCGGAAGGAUAGUAUUCACUUUCCUGUUCAGAAGUGUCAAACAAAGACGCUUACUUGUCCAGUUGGUGAUGGUGGCGCCACCGAGGAGGUAACAGUUGCUUGGUCGUUGCUUGUGAAGGAAAAGGUGUAUCUCUCACUCGUUGAUUGUCCUAUGUAAGGUGUAUCACCGAUUGCCCUGCCAUAUACAGUAGUAAUGUAAGGUGUCAAACUGACUUGUGUCUAUCAUCACAUCAUAUAA